CAAAAUAAGGCAUCUCAUUACAGUGCCAUGAGCUGGAUUCCUCCGAUGCUUUUUUCAUGCAGGACAAGGAGAAAGUUUCAUGGCUUAAACUCUUGAGAUUUCAGGAGAGCUGCCACAAAGAAGAAGAAAUCUCUGCUUUUCUUGUGGGGGGUGGGGAGGCUGGCCAAUCUGAGGAAAGGCCAAAGAAGCUUUGAAGAAGUUGCCUUCUCCAAACUGGUGCCUUCCAGUUUUACUGGACUCUACCAGGCUAUGCAAAUUUGGGGAGGCUGAAGCCGAUGACUAAUAGGUGCUCGUGAGCUGGGCCUCCAACUUCUAUCGCCAUGGACUGGAAGACAUUACAGGGCCUGUUGAGUGGAGUGAACAAAUACUCCACUGCUUUUGGCCGCAUCUGGCUGUCUGUGGUUUUUGUUUUUCGUGUCCUUGUUUACGUGGUAGCUGCUGAGCGGGUGUGGGGUGAUGAGCAAAAGGAUUUUGACUGCAAUCACCGGCAACCUGGUUGCACCAAUGUUUGCUAUGAUCAUUUUUUCCCCAUCUCCCAUAUCCGUCUCUGGGCCCUGCAGCUGAUUUUUGUCACCUGUCCGUCUCUGCUCGUCAUCAUGCAUGUGGCCUACCGUGAGGACAGAGAAAGGAAGAACCGGGAAAAAAAUGGGGAAAACUGUCCCAAACUUUAUAGCAACACUGGAAGGAAACAUGGUGGCCUUUGGUGGACUUACCUCCUGACACUCUUCUUCAAGCUGGGUAUUGAGAUCGUCUUCCUCUAUCUGCUCCACAGAAUUUGGGACAGUUUUGACCUGCCGCGCCUGGUCAAGUGUGAUCUGCAACCUUGCCCCAAUACGAUAGAUUGCUACAUUGCUCGGCCUACUGAGAAGAAGAUUUUCACAUACUUCAUGGUAGGGGCAUCAGCUCUUUGCAUUGUCCUCACCGUGUGUGAGAUCUUCUACCUCAUCUUCAAGAGAAUGGUCCGCUCAAUGCAGAAAUGGAAGAAGAACAAGAAGUCCUUGACCUACAGCAAGGCCUCCACAUGUCAGUGCCAUUCGAGGAUGGAACACGCACAUGAUGGGAAAUUAAAGAAUUCCCCCUUAGAAGGCCUCAGAGCUUCUGCGCCCAACCUGACUUUAAUCUGAGAGGGAGAAGAAGCAAAUCCAAAAUGGCCACAAGCCAAGACACAUGAAUGUUUUUUUUCAAAGAUGAACUCGGGAGGGAGAGAGGACUUGAAAUGGAAGCCUUCCAUUGAAUCGCUAACCAAAUUUUCCACAAGGGAAGGGCCACAAUGUUUGAAGGGGAGCUGACAGAACACUGCCAUGUUUAUUCAGGUCUAAACUCAAGGCCAUAUUAUAACUAAGCUAAGCAUGCACACUUCAUAUGCUCUGGCAAUCUAUGUUGGUUUGUUCUCCAAACCCUCCUAGAAAAGUUGUAAUCUUCUGCAUUCUCAGGUUUAUGCUUUCUACUUUUCUAAAGCCUCUCAGAAGAUAGACAAGCAUCUGCGCACAAUAUGUUGUGGUCUUUAAAACCUAGGACAGCCAAAAUCUAUGACCCUUGAUUUCUUCAACUGAUUUAUUUAGUUGUUCGUAGAGUUGUUUAUAGAGUAUUAGUCACUGAGAAGGAGGGAAGUAAACUAAUUAGGGAAAUUCAGUAAACAUGGAUAACUUAACCUAAAUGUCCUCCCUUCUCUUGCAAGCCACAGUUCUCUGAAAUAACAAAUGCCAAUGCAAUCUACAAAGCAGUCGAGACAAAGCACACUGAAAGGUUGUUUUAGCUGAAUUUCCUCUCCUGAGUUUCACCUGGAGGAAAUCCACUAUGAAUUUGGAGUUCAUAUUUGAGGAAUUCCCAGGGAAGCAAAGUCUUGCCAGGCAAAUUUUUGCAAGACAGAGGAGAGCGUCUGCUUACACCAUUCCUAUCCCAUUUAUACUUUAGCUUCAGUCUUGAUGACGGUACCCACUUUUCAAUAGAAAGUACUUUAAUAAAGCAUUGUUUACAUGAUAAUUAUUGGCUGGGCAAAAACAAAGAUGUUGAGUUAAAAAGGAAUGAGACAGUAUUUUCUUCUCAAAAGCCUUCUAGACAGAACAUGGCCUUCUACUCUCUGGAAAAGACAGAGGUAUCCUGACAUGAGAAAGCUAAAUUUGGUAUAGAUCAGAGGUCUUCAAACUUGGCAGCUUUAAGACUUGUGGACUUCAACUCCCAGAGCAUAACUGGCUGCAGAAUUCUGGAGUUGAAGUCCACAAGUCUUAAAGCUGCCAAGUUUGAAGACCUCUGGUAUAGAUUGAAGGGAUGAUGAGGGCAUAAAAAAGAAGGAAGUACAUCCUUGGUUUUUCAUCUUCCUGAAUUUUCUCCUACUUUUUAUUCAUUAUUUUGAUGAUACUUUCCCCAAUUCUCCACUCUUGGUCUCUCAUCCUGUCUGAAACAGAGAAAUUCCCACUGAAAUCAAGUGUAAUGUAACAUUUGAAAUUCUUCUGGCAGGAUCAGUCCAGAGAAAAUGGAACAUGUCUUAAGAAGAGAAAUGCAGGAAAACAUUAUUCAAAAUCAAUGUUUAUAGCUCAAUUUAGCCAAAAGGAACAAAUCAAGCAACAGAAGAGAUUUUGCUCUUAGCAAAAAUAUUUAAGCUAUUUUGAGACAACUGUGGAUCUUAUGACUAUAGAAUCUUAUGACUACAGGAUUUUUUUGUAAAUAGAUUUUGAGUCUCCUUAACUGAGUUCCAUGUAGACUGUCUUCCAUGCAGAGCAAGAAUUAAAAUCAUAUUUAAAGUA